AUGUCGUCGACUUUGCAGUGUUCAAUGAUCGACUGUGAUAGUAUUUCCAAUUUAUAUUUCCAUAAGUUUGAUCGAUGCGGUCAUUGUAAUAAAGACUAUUGUAAUGAAUGUUUUGAUGUUCAUCUCGAUACCAUUUGGACUCAAAUUGAUCAAUGUCAUAAAAUUGAAAAACAUGUUUUUAAACUAUAUGAAUCAAAACAACUAGUACAAAAUAAAUCUCAACCAAUGGAAAUUGUAGAAACAAAUGCAUUUCAGCGUUAUUAUGCAAAAUAUGCGGAUAGAAAAAAUAAUAAAAAAUUGACAACAGCAUCAUUAAUGGCUAAAUUAGCUGGAAAAUUUGUGUGUUAUUCACGACCAGUAAUAAACGAUUAUGAAAAAACUCAAAAAUGGCAUGAUCAUCGUCAACAAGAUUACAUGAUGUUUCGAACAUUGCUUGAAAAAGAAUUAUGUGCACCAUUGUUGUGGAUUGAACAUGUUAAUCGUUUGUUAGACGGAAAUCUAAACGAAUUGAAAGAAUGUGUUCAUUAUUUUGAUGAAGAAGAAAAAAAUAUAAAAUAA